AUGUCGUCUGUUGAGGCAGAACCAGUCCCGAAAACUGAUAUAACUGAAACCUCGAAAGAAGACGCGAAGGGUUCAAAACGCAGCAAAUCAAGCGAAGACUCCGAACAACUACAGGCUUCAAGCAGCAACGAUGGCGCUUCUAGCAAAGCACAAGAUCGAUUAGAAAGGUUCAAAGCGCUCAAAGCCCGUGCAAAAAGCGCCACCGACAGUAACCUGAAGGAGACGGUAGCCGAGUCUCAACGACUUGCCACGGAUCCGGCCCUGCUCUCCAACCUGUCACGCAAACACGCAUUUGCAUCCCAUAACCUUUUAAAAGCUGACACGGAGGAAGCCGGCGAGGACUUUGAACGCAAGCGAGCCUGGGACUGGACGAUCGAGGAAUCCGAACGAUGGGACAGACGCAUGGAAAAGAAGCAACGACAUCGCGAUGAUGUAGCCUUUCAAGACUACCGCCAGGAUGCUCGCAAAGUGUACAAGCGGCAACUGCGAGAAAUGCAGACUGAUUUGGAUACGUACGAAAAGGAAAAGAUAGCCGCUGUGGAACGCGCGGCUGCCAGUGGAGGACUAGAAAUUGUGGAAACAGACGAUGGCGAGCUUGUUGCGGUAGACCGGAAUGGCACAUUUUAUUCUACGGCUGAUUCAACUGAUUUCACUGAGAACAAACCGGAUCGUGCGGCAGUUGAUAGACUGGUAUCUGACUUGAGAAAGGCAGAGGAGGUUCGACUGAAGAAGCGACGAGACCGUCGCGGCGAGGAGGAUGCUGAUGUCACGUACAUCAACGAGAAGAACAAGCAGUUCAACCAAAAGCUUGCCCGAUUUUAUGAUAAGUACACGAAAGAGAUCAGAGACAGUUUUGAGCGUGGUACAGCACUGUGA